GUCGACAGCUAGGAGCGUCUCCACGGGUGACUGGCACCAGUAGCCAACGAAUACCCGCGCGGGACGAGCGAGCCACUCAGUCGGUAUACCAUGUCAUUAGCAGAAGGCGCAUCCGACAACGACCAGAGACAAGACAGAGAGAUCGAACGCCAGGAAGAAAAGAGCGGGAAAAAGAAAAACGACAAACCUAGAGGGCAGAUGUCAGACUCUUACAUGUGGAAGGAACAGAUUCACACUCUGAUGAAGGGCGGAGAGAGCGAGUCCGACAUAUCGGACUCUGAACACUUCCUCACGAAGGGUGCAUUCCUCCUGACCCCCUCUCACGGUCUCAGCAUGGAGAAAGCCUCCGCUAUCUGCGAGAAAAUGGAGUUCAAGGGGUGCUUCUCCUUGACGAAGACUGCAACUGGGAUCCUGUUCAAAUUUUCCAGCGUCGAUGAUUACCAGAUGGUGUUCAAGAAAGGUUUCCAUAAAGUCACUGGAUCAAGAUUCUAUAGGAAGAUAGCGAUACCGUGUCGUCCUCAGAAGACUUUCACCGUGUACGUGUAUGAUGUACCUGAUGAGGUCCCAGAGGAGGAUGUGAGGCAUGCCCUGUACAAGUUCGGCUCGGUGGUGGAGGUGGUCCGUCUACACUUCACAGGUUCGCCGCGAGAGGGCAACACGGGAACUUCUACCCCUAAACCUUCAGACAAGACUCCUCCACGAGCUCUCACAACUAUCGACGGAGAGCUGGUGAGCAGCAUGAUACCCAAAGAAGCCACUAGCGUGAUACGUGUGACCCUCGCUAACAUCGAGGAGGCGAAUAUCCUCCUGCAGAACGGCCUGGAUUUCUAUGGUGCCACUUAUUUUCCAACGGAGCUCGCUACUCCAGCUCAAGCUGCGAAACUUAUCAAGCCGAGCAGGGUCACAGGUGGAACAGUAUCGGCUAGAGUCCGUGACCUUUUACCGGUCUUCGAUCAGCAGGGUUUCGCAAAGUUUGCUCCGCCAGCGUCGCGACUCGUCAAACCGAGGUCCAAAUGAUACCAACUCCACAAAACCCUGAGAGAGACAUGCGACGAUUCCACGCUUAAAACUAUGGUCAUAACGACUAAUAGCACUAAUAAGACAUACUGUUUGUACUUAAAUUCUUAGACGUUUGAUGGAAAAAGACAUUUAGAUUAACAAACGGAUUCAAACUUCAUUUAAUUUAUCUAAAUCAAUUUUUUUUGUUUGUCUUUGUAUCUCUUUGCAUUUAAUUUUGAGUUAUUAGUUACUAAUGUGCCAUUUAUUGUUACAAGACAAUAUAAUAUAACUGUUACCAAUAAAUUAAUGUGAUAAUUU